UCAUUAUCAACUGAACCGUCUUAUUCAUUGCAGCUCCACGAUCUCGUCUUUUUCUGAUUUUUACCUUUCUUAUCAUUUCCCACUCCUAUUUUUUUUUCUCUUUUCCUUUUAAAGCAUAGCCUCUCUACUCUCUUAACUCUAGCCCCCAUAAUCAGACAAUCCUUUUUAUUUAUAGUUUUUGCUGUAAAAUAUUUGAACUAACUUAGUUCCAUGAGAAUUCUGGUUUUGGUUUGAUCCCUUUGUUAUUUUUCUAGCUGAUUUUGAAGUUUUUUUACCCUUUUUUGGGGCCCAUUUUGAGAUGGGUGACAACAAAAAAGAAACAGCCAAGAAGCAAGUUACUCAACAAUCACAGCAGCAAAUAUCUUCUUCUUCUUCAAAGGAACAGCGUGAGGAUUCACCAGCUGCUGGUGUUACCGGAGCUCCGUUCAUUUCUAAACCUUUGUAUGUACCAAUUGGUGCAACUUCUUCUUCUCCGUUUGACCAACAGUUUGAAACUAUAACCCCUAAACGACCUAGAUACGCUACUGCUCAAUGGAAGCUACUACCGUCUCCGUCGCUACAGCAAACGACUGCGCAAACUCCUAUUAUCACACGAGAAUCAACCCCAUCUCCGACCAGAAAUGUUGCAUCAACGACAAACCCUCCUCACAUUGUAGCAGCUUCAUCUUCAGACACAGCCUCGUCUCCACCACCUUCACCAAUCCCUUCUCUCUCAGCUGCUUCUGGUCAAGAAACGAGCAAACCAGAAGGACAGCAACUUCACCAGCAGUUUCGAAAAGGAAAAUUUGUGAGCCCAGUUUGGAAACCAAACGAAAUGCUGUGGCUAGCCAGGGCUUGGAAGGCUCAAUACCAAGGUGGUUCAGGGUCUGAUCAUCAUCAACUUCAAGAUCAUAGUCAGAUAACCGUUGGUGACUCUACAUUUCAGUCAACGAGAGGGAAAACAAGAGCUGAUAAAGAUAGAGAAGUAGCAGAAUUCUUGCAAACACAUGGAGUUAGUAGAGAUGCAAAAACCGCCGGUACUAAAUGGGAUAAUAUGCUGGGUGAAUUCAGAAAAGUUUAUGAAUGGGAACGUGAACGCGAUCAAGUUGGUAAAAGUUAUUUCAGACUGUCUCCGUACGAGAGAAAAUUACAUAGAUUGCCUGCUUCUUUUGAUGAGGAAGUGUUCGAUGAAUUGUCUCAAUUCAUGGGCUCUCGCAUGAGAACUUCUCAAGGCAGAGUCAGUUCUGGUGAUUUAAGAGCUCUUCCUCCACCGCCUCCUUUCAAAGAUGAUGAAUUCUCUCUCACAUCAGCAAGGUCCAAGCAACUGGUGAUGACAAGUGGAGCUGAGGCUUACUUUCAUAAUAAUAGAGGGAGUUUAUUAGGGUUUGAAACUCCAAUGGAGGUUACAGCUGCUGGGGCAUCAAAUUCUAAGGAUCAGAUUCGUAGAAUUGGAAAAAUACGGAUGACAUGGGAAGAAUCAGUGAGUUUAUGGGCUGAAGAAGGAGAACAUCAUAGAGGAAGAGUAAAACUUGAAGGGUCAAGCUUUUUAAAUGCAGAUGUACUCACUUUUUUUGAUGAUUCUAUGGUUGCUUGCUCUUUAGAAGCCUUUGAAGAUGGACUUCUAAAAGGGUUCUCAGUUGAUAGAUUCGUUUCUGGACAGCAAGUCAAAGUCUUUGGCAGGCGAAAGUCUUCCACAUCUACUGCUUCUGGUUACAUUGAAAGAUCUCAUCUUCCUUCAACAGAACCUUCAAUAAGAUCAAUGAUCCCACCAUGGGAAUUUCAAGACCCGAGUGAAUAUUAUGUAGGCUGUCUUCGAGUUCCACCGAAUGCACUUCCGAGCUUAUUUGAGCUUUCAUGGUAUUUACAAGAGCCACCACCUGAGGAACUACGUUUCCCACUAAGAAAAGAUGUCUACAGGGACCUACCUCAAGGCAAGGAAUAUUUUUUCACUACUUCUAGUGAGCUCUUGGAUUGUAGAGGUAUUGCUUUUGAUAUAUUAAGCUCAGUCAUCAGAACUAACCCUAGUAUCAGCGCAGCUAAUGCCUCGAGUAGGGACUCCUUUAUGGGCCUUUGGGAUGAUUGCAUCAAUAGGGUUGUGUCAAAAUUCUGUUCUGUUGAAGUUGUUAUUGUUAGAAAACCAUCUGUUUCGACUGCCGUUGAUGAUAUACUGCAAGAUCAAUGGCCGAACGUGACGGGUUUUGUAAGAAACUUUUGUUUGUGGAGAGGCGAAGAAACUGACCGGCUCAAAGAGGGUCAGGUUGAUCCAUCUUCUUCCAUUGUUGAGAAGCUUCUAUGGACUUACAUGGACAUCCCGUAUAUUCUGGGCUAUUACGCAGUUGGAUAUUUGGUGACGUUUUGUGCUUUAUGUAGAUCGCAAGAUCGAAUAACUCGCACGGAUCUAUAUACUCUAGACCUAUCUUCACCAGCUGAGAGAUUAAAAGCCCUAGUUCCAUGCUAUAGAAUAGCUGGGUUGUUGCCACUGCUAGCUGAGCGUUGCUUCAAUAAUAUCAACAAUGGCGGUACAUUUAAGCAGUUAACGUUCAGUGAUUUUGAAAGAAUCGAUAUGGGUAAUGGAAAUAUCAUUGAAAUGACCCCUAAUACAGUGACAAGAUUCUUCCCAAAUAAGAGAAAAUGGGCGGCAGUGAAAGAAAUAUAUGAUAUUCUUGAUCAGAGAAUCCCACAUGCAGAAUUUAUGUUCAGAUCACCGGAGAAAGAUUUAGCAUUGGUUUUUAAGCCGAGAGGGAUCAAAUUAAAGCCAAAUAAUUGCGAGCAGCUCGUCGAAGCGUUAAAAUACGUGACGAAGGCUUUGGUAGCGUUGCAUGACCUAUCUUUCAUGCACAGAGACUUGAGUUGGGACAAGGUAAUGAGAAGAACCGAUAGAGAAAAUGAGUGGUUCAUCUGUGGGUUUGAUGAGGCUGUUGGUGCACCUCAGAUAUAUCCACAUGGAGUAGUGGAGGCGCGUGGGAGACACGCUCCGGAGAUGGGAAGGGGAUUGCAUGGGGUAAAAGUAGACGUAUGGGGAGUUGGUCAUUUGGUUAAGAGCUGUGGGUUGGGUUCAAAUGUUGUACCAAAAAUGCUCAGAGAGCUGCAGAAUAGGUGCUUAGACCAGAACCCAGAGCAGAGACCCACCGCCGCCGAUUGCUACCACCAUCUGUUGCAGGUUCAGUCUUCUCUUCAAUCAUCUUGCUCUGGAGGACCCUAUUGAAUUGAUAGAUGAAUAAUAAUAAUAUACUUAUAUAAUAUUAUCUAACUGUACAUUUGCAUGUCACCAAUAUUGUAGCUGUUUUCAGAAGCUAACAUAUAUGCAGUAGCUGGCUAGCUCUGGGCAUAUUAAUGUUCUUGGGGUUUUAAUAUU